UAGUAUUGUUGUAUUGUGUUAUUGUUUCGACCGGACAAGGAGCGAUACAUAUAGAUUUGUUAACUGAACCAUCCCCAGGUGCUGCAGGCCAAUCUACAAACUCGUCCACGCCUACAUACGCUCGAUUCAAAAGUUCCUAUAAUAUUAAGCAUAACAUAAAAUAGUACAAAAAUAGUACGACUACGUAAAAACCACUAACUGUCGAUGUAACCAAUGCCCCAACACACCCUCUCAAAACAAAUCCAAUUCGAAAUUCACACGAGAAUCAACAAUAUUAAAAACACAUCGAAUCGAAACGAAUCGGCAAUGCUGCGCAAUGCCUUUUUAACGCCUAGGUGCUGGAGGAAAGACUAAGAGAAUCAGAACAGCUGACAACCCGUUCGCUAGCGUAACGUACGCACGUACGUACCCCAAGGACAGCAGAGCAAUGCAAGGCUAAAAAUGCAGUUACCAACUAAUUGAAUUGUUUCAAUAAUGCUAAUGACGACGGCUCUCCAAUGUCCAGUUCUGAUGUGGAAACUUUCAAAGGCAAAAUAGUUUACAAUAUCGAUGGCAGCGCAUAUAUUAUCGAUGCUGAUAAUGCCAAUGGAUGUGGAUCUGUCUCUGUCCAAAGUUCAGAUGCCUCAACAUCGACACUAGUGAAAAGACCACCGAAGACUAAAGACCGAAGACCGGAAAAGCAGGAAGAACAACAACAACAACAGGAACAGGAACAGGAAGAAGACCAGGAUCAAGCUGAUGCUGACGCUGGUGCUGGUUCUGGUUCUGCAGGAGGAUUUGGUUAUAAAUCGAGUCCAAAGAUCCAUUCCUUCCGCGUUGUGUCCGCGCAAGAUGCAAAUACAACUUGCCAGGAUCCGAAUAGAGCACUUAAGAUUCAAAAACCAAUUUUAAUGUGCUUUAUAUGCAAACUAUCCUUUGGCAACGUGAAGUCAUUUAGCCUGCAUGCGAACACAGAGCACAGACUCAACCUGGAAGAGCUCGAGCAGCAGCUACUGAAUCGCGAAUACUCCAGUGCCAUUAUUCAGCGUAAUAUGGAUGAGAAACCGCAGAUAUCCUUCCUGCAGCCCCUGGACAUAAAUGCCACUUGUGCUGUCGAGAAGCUUAUACUGGCUCCUGAUGAAAUUUGUACUCCACUGGCUUCUGAGCCAGAGCUCGAACAUGAUCAUUAUGAGGAGGAAGAAUAUCGGUGUCAGGAGAAAGGAUUAGCGCAAGAAAAAGAACAAGACUCAGAGCAUGAUCAGAAUCGGGGUCAGGAUCAAGAUCGGGAUCAGGACUAUGCUAAUAGAAAUAGAAUGGCAGCACCUAGUGCCAAUCUCGCAUUAUCAUCGACUAAAGUAGCAGCGAAAUCAGUAGCUGUGAAAUUUGGUUCCUUAAACUCAGCAACUGCUAAGACUAAUAAUCUAUCGAAAGUACCCUCAUCGAGUUCACCUGCAUCCGCAUUCGCAUCAGCAACCAUGGUUGAGGCAGAGGGAGAGGUCCCAUUACCUAGUACUGAUAAUAUAAGUAACAAUAAGUCAACCAAAUGUAGACAAGGAAUAGAGCCGCAAUCGUCUGGAUCCCUGGAUGAUGCCAAGAGUCCAGCAGCAGCGUCUGCCUCUGUUUGCACCUCACCUCAACCAAACGAGUCGGAUGUAGCAGGCGCCGAUUUCUUGCAACUGCAACAGGUGGCUGCGGCUGUUAGCAUAUUCCCUCCCCAAGUCAGUUCCUUCCAUGCCUCCUUGGCAGCGCUGGCCGCCAACGAACCAAAUGCCAAUAGGGUCAAGCUUCUCACAGAGUUUCUUCAACAGCAGCUGCAGCAGCAGCAGCAACAGAGUUCCUUGUUCCCCAGUUUAUGUUCCGAGCAUCCCGACUUCAAAGGGGUCGAUUGCAAAACUUGUGAGCUCAUUGAUAUCCAACAACGGUCUAAAUCACCGCCUCCAUUGCACCAGCACCUUGGUCUGGCUCAAUCUCAAUCUCAGGCCAUGCCUUUGUCGCAGCCUCAGCCACAUCGCUCUCCUAACAGCAGUAGUGGGGGUCUGGCAAUAUCGCCCAGCUCCUCAUCGGUGACCAGCGUAGGAAAUGCGUCUGGUACGGCUUCCAGCUUUACAAUCGGCGCGUGCUCCGAACACAUCAAUGGCCGACCCCAAGGAAUAGACUGUGCCCGCUGCGAAAUGCUGCUGAACUCGGCUCGACUCAAUAGCGGCGUCCAGAUGUCAACCCGCAACUCAUGCAAGACUCUUAAAUGUCCCCAAUGCAAUUGGCACUACAAAUAUCAGGAGACGCUGGAGAUCCAUAUGCGUGAAAAGCAUCCUGAUGGGGAAAGCGCCUGUGGCUAUUGCCUAGCAGGACAACAGCAUCCGCGGCUGGCCCGUGGCGAGUCGUACUCAUGCGGCUAUAAGCCAUACAGAUGCGAGAUAUGCAACUACUCCACGACCACAAAAGGUAACCUUUCCAUACAUAUGCAGUCUGACAAACACUUGAACAACAUGCAGGAGCUAAAUAGCUCACAAAAUAUGGUUGCCGCUGCGGCGGCAGCAGCUGCAAGUGGGAAAUUGUUGCUGUCCAGCCCAUCGCCACAAGGUGCCGGCCAACCAACUGUUGCCCAACUGGGCUCGAGCGGGAGCGGGAGCACCGCUGUCGUCUCUAGCAGCGUUGGGAGCAAUGCCGCUAUGGGUGUACCGCCAACGUCUGGUGGCACGGGGGUAGGAGUAGCCAGCAUCAAACCGAAGCCCUCGUUUCGGUGCGACAUCUGCAGCUACGAGACUUCCGUUGCUCGCAAUCUGCGAAUUCACAUGACCAGUGAGAAGCAUACGCAUAACAUGGCUGUGCUACAAAACAAUAUAAAGCACAUUCAGGCGCUAAAUUUCUUACAACAGCAACAGCAAGGCGCUAGUGGCAGUACUUCAGGCUCCAGUGCUAGUAGCUUCAUGCCGGAGGUGGCAUUGGCUGAUCUGGCCUACAACCAGGCGCUCAUGAUUCAACUUCUGCACCAACAGCAGCAGCAACAGCAGCAGCAGUCAUCUAAUACCAAAAUGUCGCCCACAUCAUCCUCGCCAGUAAGUGCAACGGAUCAGUUUUCAUUUUCCCCAAAGCCCAUGAAGCUUGGCCAUGGAAUGGGAAUGGGUUUGGGGAUGCCAAUGGGAAUCGGCCAUUCAAAUGAAGCAUCUGGCGAAUCGGGGAGCGAUGCUCAUCCACUGGCGAAGCCUGAUAUGUGGCCCACGGCGCUCUACAGUUGCCUAAUCUGCGACUCCUUCAGCACAAACAAUUUGGACGAUCUUAACCAGCAUCUGUUGGUAGAUCGAUCCCGACAAUCCUCAAGCGCAUCCGCCGAUAUAAUGGUCAUACACAACAACAACUACAUAUGCCGGCUCUGCAACUACAAGACGAACCUAAAGGCCAACUUCCAACUGCACAGUAAGACGGACAAGCAUUUGCAGAAACUAAACUUUAUAAAUCACAUCAGGGAGGGCGGAGCCCGUAAUGAGUAUAAGCUCCAGUAUCAGCCUCAGCUCACUGCCAAUGUGGUGCAACUAACUUGCAACUGUUGCGACUUUCACACCAAUUCCAUACAGAAGCUUUCCAUGCACACUCAGCAAAUGCGACAUGACACGAUGCGUAUGAUUUUCCAGCAUUUGUUAUACAUUACGCAGCAGAGUCGUAUGCACAAGGAGUCGCCUUGCACGGCAGCAGACGAUGCUCAAUGUCCUUGUCCGGACGAAGAUCAACAAUCGAUUGCAACGAUCGAAAAGGUUCUCAUUUGCCAGCUGUGCAGCUUUGCCGCCAAAAAUCUGUAUGAAAUGGUUCAGCAUGUGAAGGGCAUAAGACACUUGCAAGUCGAGCAAUUCAUUUGUCUACAGCGUCGUAGUGAAAACCAGGAGAUGCCCGGAUUAAAUGAGGUAUACAAAGUGACUGAACGGAUCCGUGGUAGCGAAGAUAUCAUUUUUGAAGCUGGUUUCAAUAUGGCAGCAAACACACCAGUUGGUGGAUCGUCGGAGGUCGGCUUUGCCGCAGCCGCAGCGGGAUCCUCCGCCGCUGCAGAUGGCAAUAUAUUAUCUCCAAAGUCGACCUCUAGUUGCUCGACAUCUUGUGGCAAGAGUGUAGGUCGCAUCGCGUCUCCAAGCAUGAAUGAUUUUAGUUUGAAUGCUUCAAACAGCAUUCCCACCACAGUUUUCAAGUGCAAUUUAUGCGAGUACUUUGUGCAAUCGAAGAAGGACAUGGCCAGCCACAUUGAAACCGUGCACCCGGGGGCAGAGAGUGACGACUUCAUGAGUAUACCAACAAACACGGCGGCUCUGCAAGCCUUCCAAACUGCGGUUGCAGCCGCAGCCAUAGCAGCGGUCCAACAACGCUGUAGUGCCAUCAACAUGCCUAGAGAAGCAGAUACGGAAAUGGGUCCUUGCAUUAGCGACUGCCCUAUAGAUAUUAAGCGUGAGCGUCUCGAAGAGGAGGACGAUCCAAUGACGGGUAUAGAGGAAAGAAAACCAACAGCUAAUCUAGAUGCGGAGAUGCCAGAAGCGAAGGCUACAACACCAUCGGGUGUGCAGUGUCCCCUAUGUCUAGAAAAUGGCUUCCGAGAGAAGUCAUUGCUUGAGACCCAUUUGACGAGCGUGCACAGCGUCACCAAAGAUGGCCUAGCUAGGCUAUUGCAACUGGUCGAUAGUAAGGCCUGGAGUUCACCCGGAACUGAUUCACCAUCCGUAACCGCAACUACGAGUACAGCAUCCAAUUGCAAUUCCAAUGCGGAGGACUGUGCGACAACCAUAGGGAGUGUAAGUACCGAAGACUGUGUGUCGAGCUUCCCCGUUGUUGCAGCAGCCAGUUCCACCGCAAGCUCAGCAGGAAUGCAAGGACUCUCUUGCCAGCAGUGUGAGGCGAGCUUCAAGCACGAGGAACAGCUGUUACAGCAUGCACAGCAGACGCAACACUUUCCAGAGCAAAAUGGAGAGUACAUUUGCCUCGCGACAAGUCACAUCAGCCGUCCCUGCUCUAUGAGCUUCAGCUCACUCCCGGCAAUGAUCAGCCACUUCAAAGAUUCGCACAUGAGUUUGGUUAUCUCAGAGCGCCACGUCUACAAAUAUCGUUGCAAGCAGUGCUCACUGGCAUUCAAAACACAGGAGAAACUUACCACACAUAUGCUCUAUCAUACAAUGCGCGAUGCUACCAAGUGUUCUUUAUGUCAGCGGAACUUUCGUAGCACACAGGCCCUGCAGAAGCAUAUGGAACAGACGCACUCCAAUGAGGCAGCUGGAGCUGCGGCUGGCAGUACAAUGACCAAUAGUCCCCGACCGCCGACACCAAACUACGGCGAGAUAGAAAAAUUGUCAUCAGGCGAACGAGAACCCCCGAUUGGCAGUGACGCAGGGCCCAAGUCGAAUAACACCUCAAGACGUUCACUAUCACCGCUGCGAUUAGAGUUGCAAUAUACUAAGGAGGCGGCGCAACUGUCGCCCAGCCCGCACGCUCUUGAUACAAACCAAACUCAGCAGCAGCAACAGCACCUGGCCACACUGACUGCUGCGUUGCUCAAGCAGCAGCAGUGUCACCCAGAUGCAAAUGUCCUGUCGGCAGAUCCUUUAUCGUUGCCCGCUGCCGACUUUUCUCAACAGCUGCAGGUAGUGCCACCGCAAUCUCAGCUAGGGGCUUUCGGAGUCGCUGGCAUUAAUCAGCAAUCCUUGCAGGGCCUACAGAAUCUCCAAAAUCUGCAGCAUAUGCAGCAGCAAUUUAGUGCAGUUGCUGCAUCUUCGGGAAUGCCCAUAAACCCGGUGGAUAUGCUCAACCUAAUGCAAUUCCAUCAUUUGAUGUCUCUUAACUUUAUGAAUCUGGCCCCACCACUGAUAUUUGGCGGAAAUACUGCCACCGGCAAUGCAGCUUCAACAGCCGCUGCCCAAAAUAACGGCAUGACCCCCUCUUCCUUAUCAGCACCAGCUUCCCAAACAGCCGACAUGCAGAUUGUGAGCGGAGCAAGUAACUUGACGGGAGAAUCUACCAACGCGAACAAUCCGACGGCACAGCACAGUAUCAAUAGUAACUCUCAGAUGAACAACAACCAAAAGCGAGCUCGCACGCGCAUCACGGACGAUCAGUUGAAAAUAUUGCGUGCACAUUUCGACAUAAAUAACUCGCCCAGCGAGGAGAGCAUUAUGGAGAUGUCACAAAAGGCGAAUUUGCCAAUGAAGGUGGUUAAGCACUGGUUCCGAAACACGCUGUUUAAAGAACGACAACGAAACAAAGAUUCACCCUACAACUUUAAUAACCCACCGUCAACUACCCUAAACUUGGAGGAGUACGAGCGCACAGGUCAGACCAAGGUAACGCCCUUAAAUGAUAUUGUCAGUUCCGCGACGCCCGCAACCAUAUCUACGCCGACUGCGGUUUCAUCCGCUCCAUCGGGAAAUGCAAACUCUAAGGAGAACACAACUGCCACGUUGUUGGCACCCGCAGUUUUGGUUGCUCCUGCCUCUGGCCCCGCUUCCCGUCCAGCGUCAACCAACUCGAGUGGCAAUAUAUCUGAUUACUUAAGCAACAAUUUGUGUUUUGGACAGCAAGGGGGCAAAGAACAAGGCCUGCCGUUUCCCGUGGAAGUGCAAAUAAAAUCGGAGCCGCAGGACGAGUCGAUUGUGUCCAGUGAAUUUGCAUUCCUCAGGAAGCAACAACAACAGCAGCAGCAACAGCAGCAGCAAGGGUUUCAUUUUUUAAAGCAUCAACAGCAGCAACAAGGUGAUCCUCCAGAACAGUCCAACCAGCAUCAAGAUCCUGACACCCUACACGACCAAUCGUUAUUAGCAGGCUCGUCGCUGACAGUUCACUGUCAAAACCAACAGCAACAGCAACUGCAACAGCAUGCACAAACAAAUAGCUUCGAAACUAAAUCAGAGAGCGGAAGUUCUGAUGUUAUGUCGCGGCCACCAACUCCUAACAGUGUUGCUGCUAGCAAUUUGUAUGGAAGCAUGAAUGACUUGCUGAGCCAUCAGCUUGAAAGCAUGGGGAGCAACAUGGGUCCACCCAAAAAACUGCAAAUAGCAGGCAAAACAUUCGACAAAGCGUCGGCCCCCGUCUCAAGCUCGGCAACAUCAUGCAAUCAGUUUGAGAGUAAUUCUUCCAGCUCCUCGAAUUCAUCGUCGACAUCAGGAGGUAAACGAGCAAAUAGAACACGUUUCACGGACUAUCAAAUUAAGGUCUUGCAGGAGUUCUUUGAGAACAAUUCAUAUCCAAAGGACAGUGAUCUAGAGUAUUUAAGUAAACUGCUGCUCUUGUCACCCCGUGUCAUAGUAGUGUGGUUUCAGAAUGCCAGACAAAAGCAACGCAAAAUCUACGAAAAUCAACCAAAUAAUUCACUCUUCGAGAACGAAGAGACCAAGAAGCAAAACAUUAACUACGCUUGCAAGAAGUGCAGUCUAGUGUUCCAGCGCUAUUACGAGCUAAUACGUCACCAGAAGAAUCACUGCUUCAAGGAGGAGAACAACAAAAAGUCAGCCAAAGCUCAGAUUGCUGCUGCGCAAAUUGCCCAAAAUCUUAGUUCGGAAGACUCGAACUCUUCAAUGGAUAUACAUCACGCUGGCAUCUGUCCUCCUGGUCCUCUGGGUGCACAGACUAUUUCAGCCCCUGUGUCUAUCGUAACAUCAUCCGGACACGCGGCGUCCCAGCCAUUUGGCGCUUCGCCCUCGCCACAGCAUAUAUUUAGCAAGUCGUCUUCACUCACUGACUUCAGCCCAUCCACGACUCCAACGCCUCCACAGCGGGAACGUAGCAACAGUUUGGACCAGCCGAAUCGAAGCGCAUCGAAGUUUGACUGCGAUAAAUGUGAACUGCAGUUUAGCCACCUGGAGUUAUUGCGUGAACAUCAAAUGAUGCAUUUGAUGAAUCCAGCAGCACUCUUGGCCGCCGCCGGUCAACACUCCAAUCCAGAUGCCAGCUAUGGUCCUUUCGGUAGCAUAUUGCAGAGUCUGCAACAUGCAGCGGCUCAACAGCAGCAGCAUCAACAGCCUCCAACAAAAAAGCGGAAAUAUUCGGAUAGCUCUUCCAACGCAGAUGAUUUAACGUCUGUGGGGGAAAUGGAGACCCCCCAGAAGAAAUAUGAAUUUCUAUAUCAAUACUUUUUGCAGCAUGAGACGAACUCCGAGCUGAAACAGCAGUUCCUGAUGCAGCAACAGCAGCAUCAGCAGCAUCAGCAAGGAAAUGAAACGGAUUUUGAGUUGGAGUUUUUAACUAAUUUCUAUCAACAGAGCGAGCUGAAGAAAGUCAGCAACUACGACUUUUUAUUACAAUAUUAUCGCAAAAGUGAAGCAAUAUCCUUGAACACAAAGCCGCUUCAGCAGACUUUCAGCUCAAGCAAGAAGCCUACGAUUGAGUUCCUCUUGCAGUACUAUCAGCUUAAUGAGUCAAAAAAGUUUUUUCAGUUAGUUGCCUCGCCCCAAACGAUGCCUGAUGGUCAAGGGUACCAACCGUCGUCGCAGUUGCCGAACGCGACGGCGGAUGAAACCAUGAACGUUAUCGGCGAACCAGAAGAGGGGCAGCAAUUGCCAGACCAAUUACAGAAUCAUCAGGACUCCAACGUCGACAAGAAAGAACAGGAACGGCUGAAUAACAACAGCAUUAACGUCAACUCGAGUUCAUCUGAAUCACCUCAGUUUAAUUCAGCUAGAGUUGAGACAUGCGAGACGCAAUCAAUUGAAAUAAGAGAGCAGCCGGCAGUGACACCCACUUCAAUGUCGAUCACUGAGGAUGAAAAAUCUUUAUUUGGCAGGUCACUACAAAAAAACGACAAAGAGAAGUCACAGUUCUUUCAAAACCUUGAGGACUUUUUGGAUGCUACCAUGAUUGAAAACAACUCACAGACUCUUACUUUUAACGAUGACGACACUGCUAGCCAGAAAGAUGAACUCAAAGUUUCCUCAACGCUCAAGGUCCAUGAAGUGGAAAAUGUAACAUCAGUGUCUCCGGUCAAUGCCCCAUCGAAGCAGAACAAGCGCCUACGCACGACAAUACUUCCAGAGCAAUUGAACUUUUUGUACGAAUGCUAUCAAUCCGAGUCGAAUCCAAGCCGAAAAAUGCUUGAAGAGAUAUCAAAGAAAGUAAACCUCAAGAAACGUGUAGUACAGGUUUGGUUUCAAAAUUCACGUGCCAAAGACAAAAAAUCUCGAAAUCAGCGGCAUUACUCGCAUAUUUCGGAUGACAACAGCUACGACGGCUCUAGCGGCAAAGAGGUUGGCAACGAGCUGAAAGUCAAGUGCGUUUCUGUCGCUCAGGACCACGAUAUGGAUCUGCAGGACUGUCAGCUUUGCCAAGUCACACAGGUCAACAUGCAAAAGCACGCUUUUAGCGUAGAGCAUAUAUGCAAAAUGAAGGAGCUUCUUGAACAAACCACCGAGCUAUACGCUAACAGCAAUGGCAGCGGUAGUGAUGAUAACGAUUCCGACAGAGAAAAGCGCUUCUACAGCCUGUCAAAGGCUUUUCUAUUACAGCACGUUGUUUCUAAUGCUGCUAACAUAUCUACACAACUGCAUACGCAUACGCCGAGUGCUGGCCCAGACACAGAUGUUCUCCCAGAAGAGAACUGUCUGCUUAAGUUUGACGCUACUACUUGCGAGGACAAAGGGCAUAAGCGUCAUUCGGCUGCCGACGUUGGAAAUAAGGAUGUGAAAAAUGUCGGUGGCAAUCAGGAUCUCAUGCAUCAGUUAUUCAAUCGAAAUCAUAUCACCGUUAUAGGUGGAAAAUGAACUGAAGUGUUACCAUGAUCUUGUCAUUGUGGAUAAGGAUUGGUGAUUAUGGACGGAAACAUGAUUAAAAUACUUGAUGUGGAGGAAAAUUACACUCCAACAUACAUAUUACUAUACUAUGCAAACUUGAAAGUUCCUAUUUUAUAGAAAUACAUACAUAAAUGAAAUUUUUGACAUUUCAUGAUACUAAAAUAUGAAUACAUGUAUAAGAAAUCUCACGAUUACCUAUGUACUUCAACCUUAGUAAGAAUUGCAAAAUGAUACGGAAGUGUUCCUAACUAUUCAAAAUAUAAAUGUAGCAAUAAUCGAAAAGUUUAUACAUAUAAUUGCAGCAAUGGAAGGUUGAACGUUUAAAGGCCAUGGCACCUUCUACCAAAAGUAAAUAAUAUGACAUAUACAUAUACUGACUUAACAAAAGUAUUAGAUUUAAUGAGACGCAAACUGAGUUCCUAGCAUUUGAUUGCUUUAUGCCUUUGUUUUCUACUUUAGAAUAUAAUCAUAGUCACAAGGAUACAAUUAAUACUAAGAAGCUACUUCGGCAUGCCGAAGUCCCUUGGGAUACCUAUCAAAAACUGAUACAAGUUUAGUCUUUAACAACCUCACGAUUCAAGUUUUCGAAAGUGUACAUCAACGAAACGAAAAGAUAACAACUAUUGUUUUAUUGUUACCUAAAAAUGCUGAGGGUAAAUGUGCCAAUGAUUUAUUUCGCGAAGCAUGAAUAUACAUGGUUAGCACAUUCUAUGACUAAAGCUACAUUAAGAUUUAAUAUUCGCUUUUGAAUGAUUUCCAGUUCCUAUUUAAAACAUUAAAAUACUGUCAUGUGCACUUAGAGUAUAUGAGUGAGUGGUUGCAUAUCCAACGAGUUCGAUAGUUGGAUAAUAGCCAGAAAGCUGACUCUUAUUUGGUCCUGUCAGAUAUCAUCCUUGUUAAAUAUGUAUUUGUUAUUAAAUAUCACACUAUUAUUUACUAUUUACUUACUUUUUAUUUAUUAUUUAAAAGUUCUAAGGAGAAUAAACGUUAGGCAGUGGUUACAACUAUUUCACCAUUACAUUUUUUUUGUAAGGCUUCCAAAAACAGAUUCGAGCAUUUGUGGGAAAGCUCGACAGAAAUAUCAUACCGUUAUACAUAUGUUUGAUCCAUUUUUCCUGCACUUCCAUAUAGUUAUACAGAUUUUAAAAACCCAUGGGCUAAAAUAGCUAAAUGAUUUGAUAAGCUUUAGACCGAUUCCAUUUCUUAACAAAUCGUAUUGACAUUCAGUUGAGUAGUUCCGUUGCCUCUCCUUCACAUACAUUCAUACGUACACACAUACAUACAGUAUAAACUAAGUGAAAGAGUAUGUUACGAGAGCUAAGAAAAACUUUACUAAAAAGUUCCUAUAGUAUUUAAUAUGAAGCAAACAAAAAAAAACCAAACUGUAUUUUAUUGUAAGUCUAAG